AUGAUUAAGUUACCAUAAAAAUACACCAAUGGCAGAGCAAACAGAGUCGCUGAUAAACCCUGCAAACUCUACAAUCCCUGCUCCCAAUAUCCCUUCUUUCCAGAUUCUACUUCUAUACCUACGGAUUCUACUCUGUCAUUGUCUCUUCUUCAAACCCCUUUUUCACUUUCUUCUUCCAUUUCCCUUUCUCCACUCAUUUUGACCCAUAUCUUCCUCACUUCCUCCUCACUCACCGACGCCGUUUCUCCUCUUCAAACGCCCUCUUGAGCUGUCUUUCCAUAGUUUAAAUUUACUAUGGAGAGUUCUGAUGAUGAAAAGGAUGGAACUUAUGGGAAAUAUGUUCCAAGAGAACCGAGUCAUAAUCUAGUGUCUAAUGGUGCAAAAUUUGUAGAUGAAGUACUCAAUGGACAAAAUGAACGUUGUCUAGAACAUUUCCGCAUGGACAAGCACGUAUUUUAUAAGUUGUGUGAUAUUUUGCAAGCCAAAGGCUUACUGCGUCAUACAAACCGAAUUAAGAUUGAAGAGCAACUAGCCAUAUUCAUGUUUAUUAUUGGUCACAAUCUUAGGACACGAGCGGUGCAAGAGUUAUUCAGAUAUUCAGGAGAAACAAUAAGUCGCCAUUUUAACAAUGUAUUGAAUGCAAUUAUGGCAAUAUCAUUGGACUUCUUUCAACCUCCAGGAUCCAAUGUUCCUCCUCCAGAAAUUUUGGAAGAUCCAAGAUUCUAUCCCUACUUUAAGGAUUGUGUGGGGGCAAUUGAUGGCAUACACAUCCCUGUGAUGGUUGGAGUUGAUGAGCAAGGACCUUUUCGUAAUAAGAAUGGACAACUUUCUCAAAUUGUUUUGGCAGCAUGCUCAUUUGACCUCAAGUUCCAUUACGUUCUAGCCGGAUGGGAAGGAUCGGCAUCCGAUUUGCAGGUUCUGAAUUCAGCACUUACUAGGAGAAACAAACUACAUGUUCCUGAAGGUAAAUACUACCUUGUGGACCAAAAAUAUAUGAACAUGCCUGGUUUUGUUGCCCCAUAUCAUGAUAUCACCUAUCAUUCAAAGGAAUAUCCUGGUGGUUAUCAUCCGCAAGAUGCCAAAGAGCUAUUUAAUCUACGACAUUCAUUGUUGCGCAAUGCAACUGAAAGAACUUUUGGAGCUCUAAAGGCGCGCUUCCCCAUACUAUUGUCAGCUCCUCCUUACCCAUUACAGACACAAGUUAAAUUGGUUGUUGCGACAUGUGCGAUUCACAAUUACAUUCGAAGGGAGAACCCCGACGAUUGGUUCUUUAGAUUAUAUGAACAAGACCAUGUUCCACAUAUGGAGGAUUCAUUGCCUCAAUUGGAAGCAGAACAGCUGACAGCAAAUAUUGAAACUCCAAUUGUGGACGUUGCUUUUGAGACAGAAGAACUAGAAAUUGCAUCACAGUUGCGAGAUAGUAUUGCAGCUGAAAUAUGGAGUGACUAUAUUAAUGAUAUAUCACCCAUGUAAAUUAAAUUUAAGUUAUUAUAGCUUCUAAGUUAGGUCAGAUAGUCUUCAGGAACAUAAGAAAUACACAAAUGGGGUCUGAUUUUGAAGGUGUAUAUUGACAUUACUAUGUUCAUAUGAAAAGAAUACAAGAGUGGACAAUUGUUUCUCUCAGGUUUUUGCACAAGUAUACUACUACAUAGGGUGUAUGAAGGGGCCCAUAGUCUCGAAUGUUCAUUUUGUUUGUAAUACAAUUUGAUGUUCCAAAUGCGACAA